GUCCUGAUUGCUCUUUGAAUGUUCCUUCUACUGAGUCUUACUGGAUUUUGCCAAAUGUUAAACCCUUCAGUCCUUCUGUAGGUCGGGCUUCACAUAAAGCAGUUUUACAUGGGAAAUUUAUGUGGGUGAUUGGUGGAUAUACUUUUAACUACAGUUCUUUUCAAAUGGUCCUGAAUUAUGAUUUAGAAAGCAGUAUAUGGAAUGUAGGAGCGCCAUCAAGGGGACCUCUCCAGAGAUACGGACACUCUCUUGCUUUAUAUCAGGAAAACAUCUUUAUGUAUGGAGGCAGAAUUGAAACAAAUGAUGGCAAUGUCACAGAUGAAUUAUGGGUUUUUAACACACAUAGUCAGUCAUGGAGCACAAAGACUCCUACUGUUCUUGGACAUGGUCAGCAGUACGCUGUGGAGGGACAUUCAGCACACAUUAUGGAGCUGGAUAGUAGAGAUGUUGUCAUGAUCAUAAUAUUUGGAUAUUCUGCAAUAUAUGGUUACACAAGCAGCAUACAAGAAUACCACAUCUCAUCAAACACUUGGCUUGUUCCAGAAACAAAAGGAGCUAUUGUACAGGGUGGAUAUGGUCAUACGAGUGUGUAUGAUGAAACAACAAAGUCCAUUUAUAUUCAUGGAGGCUAUAAAGCAUUACCAGGCAAUAAAUAUGGAUUGGUGGAUGAUCUUUAUAAGUAUGAAGUUAACACUAAGACUUGGACUAUUUUGAAAGAAAGUGGGUUUGCCAGAUACCUUCAUUCAGCUGUUCUUAUCAAUGGAGCUAUGCUUAUUUUUGGAGGAAAUACCCAUAAUGACACUUCCUUGAGUAACGGUGCAAAAUGUUUUUCUGCCGAUUUCCUGGCAUAUGACAUAGCUUGUGAUGAAUGGAAAACAUUGCCGAAACCAAAUCUUCAUAGAGAUGUCAACAGAUUUGGACACUCUGCAGUGGUCAUUAAUGGGUCCAUGUAUAUAUUUGGUGGAUUUUCUAGUGUACUUCUUAAUGAUAUCCUUGUAUACAAGCCUCCAAAUUGCAAAGCUUUCAGAGAUGAGGAACUUUGUAAAAAUGCUGGUCCAGGGAUAAAAUGUGUUUGGAAUAAAAAUCACUGUGAAUCUUGGGAAUCUGGGAAUGCUAAUAAUAUUCUCAGAACAAAGUGUCCUUUUAAAACAGCUGCUCCUGAUGACAGAUGUUACAGAUAUACAGAUUGUGCCAGCUGUACUGCCAAUACAAAUGGGUGCCAGUGGUGUGAUGACAAGAAAUGCAUUUCGGCCAACAGUAACUGCAGUAUGUCUGUCAGAAACUAUACCAAAUGUCAUGUGAGAAAUGAGCAGAUCUGUAACAAACUCACCAGCUGUAAAAGCUGUUCACUAAACUUGAAUUGCCAGUGGGAUCAGCGGCAGCAGGAAUGCCAGGCUUUGCCAGCUCAUCUUUGUGGAGAAGGAUGGAGUCAUAUUGGAGAUGCUUGUCUUAGAAUCAAUUCCAGUAGAGAAAGCUAUGACAAUGCAAAACUUUAUUGCUAUAAUCUUAGUGGGAAUCUUGCUUCAUUAACAACUUCAAAAGAAGUAGAAUUUGUGUUGGAUGAAAUACAGAAGUAUACACAACAGAAAGUAUCACCGUGGGUAGGCUUGCGCAAGAUCAAUAUAUCUUAUUGGGGAUGGGAGGACAUGUCUCCUUUUACAAAUACAACACUGCAGUGGCUUCCUGGUGAGCCCAAUGACUCUGGAUUCUGUGCCUAUUUAGAAAGGGCUGCAGUGGCAGGCCUAAAGGCAAAUCCUUGUACAUCCAUGGCAGAUGGCCUGGUCUGUGAAAAGCCUGUUGUUAGUCCAAAUCAAAAUGCAAGGCCAUGCAAAAAGCCAUGCUCUCUGAGGACAUCAUGUUCCAACUGUACAAGCAAUGGCAUGGAGUGUAUGUGGUGCAGCAGUACAAAGAGAUGUGUGGAUUCUAAUGCUUAUAUAAUCUCGUUUCCAUAUGGACAGUGUCUGGAGUGGCAGACGGCCACCUGCUCUCCUCAAAAUUGUUCUGGAUUGAGAACCUGUGGACAGUGUUUGGAACAGCCUGGAUGUGGUUGGUGCAAUGAUCCCAGUAACACAGGAAGAGGACACUGUAUUGAAGGGUCUUCCCGGGGCCCAAUGAAGCUUGUUGGAAUGCACAACGAGAUGGCUCUUGACACCAAUCUUUGCCCCAAAGAAAAGAACUAUGACUGGUCCUUCAUCCAGUGUCCAGAUUUUGCUUUGAAAAGAGAGUUCUGCAGUACCCUACUCACACGGGGCUUCCUAAGGAAGUCUUUGCCCACACUUAGCCAUCUAAGUGGUCAGAGGCCACUGCAGCUGUGGUCCAAGUGGGUACAGUUACUGUUUGAGCUGGUGGCAGAUCUUGGUGCCAUCCACAUGAUGCUGGUUUUUCAGACAUGUAGAAUGAAGGAGGUACUAGGUGAUGGAAGUUUCCAUCAGACUUCAGAGGAAGGUCUGGGAGGCCAGGCAAAGUGCAACAGGGUCAGGAUCCCUACAAGCAGCCUUUGA